AUGAGUGAAAAUUAUAUAUGUCCUGUUGGUCACUAUUGCCCCACAGGCAGUCCAGAGCCCAAAACCUGUCCUUCUGGGAAAUACCAGGACCAGACUGGUCAAAGCCGGUGCAAGACAUGCCCAGCAGGAAAGUUCUGUGACCCAGAAGUCCAAAUCCAAGAUCACAAGGAGACCUUUUCACAUGGAGCGAUCAAGCCAGCAGAUUGCCCGGCUGGGUACUACUGCCUCUCAGGAACUAAAGCUGCCAAGCAGUACCCAUGCCCUGAGGGCACCUUCAGUAACCAGACUGGGCUGAGCAGUUCCAAGGACUGCAGGGCUUGCCCUGGGGGGAAAUUCUGUGCAGAUGCAGGCCUCUUGAUCCCGAGUGGUCCUUGUUUGCCCAGGUAUUACUGCAUUUUGAAAGCACGUGUACCUAAUCCUGUUAACGAUGAAACUGGAGACUUGUGCCCAGCAGGACACUUCUGCCCACUGGGUAGCAGCAGCCCAGUGCCUUGUCCCACUGGCACCUUUCUACCCCAGUCUGGGAUGGCAUCCCACAAUGCUUGUCUGCCCUGCCCUGGGGGGAAGUUCUGCCAAGGAGAAGGGUUGGCCAGCGUUUCAGGAACCUGUUAUGCUGGGUAUUACUGUGAUAUGGAAUCCACACGGCCAGACCAGAAACACUGUCCACCUGGAUCCUACUGCCCCAAGGGCACUGAGUCCCCAAUCCCAUGUGGUGCUGGAAGCCUCAACCCACACAGUGGGAAAUGGCACUUAACAGACUGUCAGCCCUGCCCAGCUGGAUAUUUCUGCAGUGGUAUGAGUCUUCAUCAGUGUUGUUUGAUGUUUGGGGAGGAGGAGGUGGAGUAG